AUGAGUGUUCAUACCUUGUGUUUCGAAAUACUGGGCUUUGUUCCCCCACCAGUGUCUAGCGAGCUGGUCCUUUGGCAACAAGGCUGCCCAAGCGUAUGUAGUGUACCACCCUUCAAGUUGAGGAUAUCCAAUAGCGAGCAUUGCGUAGGAACACCUCUUACAACUCUUCGAAACACGAGACUUCGUGCGGGUGCUCUGCUCUUCCAGGUACAGGCUAUUAACUGCCAUCAAAGACGCAUGCUUGAAGUCCAAGCAAAAUUUCAAAGAGCACAACUCCUUUCCAAUGUCGUAGCCAAGAUCCCUACGGCACUUCAAGAUCGGCGCCUGUUGGCAGUCCAGGCACAGCUUCAGCAAGCGCUGCACAUAAUGAGCUCCGGCAAUAUGGAAUUCGGAUACACGAUAGCGAAUGGCGAAUGGAAAGAGGAAUGUAAUUGGACACUUACAGCGACCGAGCAGGAUUCUGGUCGUUCACUAGAAGACCGUGCCCACAUUGUGAUCGAUGCCAGCCAAAUUUUCAGGUUCGUUUCCUCUCGGCCUCGAUUCAGUCAUGGCAAAAGGCAUGCCGAACCAAGUGAAUCGCUACGUCAGAAUCCAAAACUUGGUUCUGACAGUACAGGAUUCGUCAGCCGCAAUGAACAGCUUGCGCAUCGAGCAAUCCCACGUCUCAAUCACUGA